AUGCGCCUCAUCCAUAACAAAACGCUGAAGCUCGACGAAUGCCAUGUGGCAGGCUCGAUACCCUUUGCCAUACUAUCUCACACUUGGGGAGAGGGCGAAGUGUCUUUUCAGGAGACACAAAACGGUACUGCAUAUUCCAAGCAGGGUUAUGGGAAAAUCCGACGCUGUUGCGAAAUAGCUGCAGCUGACGGAUUUGAGUACAGCUGGGUAGACACUUGUUGUAUAGACAAGACAAGCAGCGCCGAACUUUCCGAAGCCAUCAACUCGAUGUAUCAGUGGUAUAGAGCGGCCGGAGUCUGUUAUGUUUACUUGGCGGAUGUCCCUACUGGGUUGGGAUUAGACUCUAGGGUUCAAGCCAUUCGAAUGAGCCGAUGGUUUUCCCGGGGGUGGACACUCCAGGAGCUGCUUGCACCAGAAAGCGUGAUAUUUUUUGACAAUCAGUGGGAAGAGCUUGGAACAAAGGACACUCUACGUGGGCUCAUAUCAGACAUCACAAGGAUCGAUAAGAAUGCCUUAAAAGACGAGUCUAACGCAAAAGAUUUCAGUGUGGCUCAGAAAAUGUCAUGGGCUUCCAGAAGAGAAACCACCAGAGUAGAGGAUCUAGCUUACUGCCUCAUGGGAAUAUUUGGGGUUAAUAUGCCAAUGCUCUAUGGAGAAGGUGAACGAGCAUUUAUCAGGCUUCAAGAGGAAAUCAUGAAAACGACUGACGACCAUACAAUUUUCGCUUGGAGCAAUCGAGAUUCGUUUAAUAGCUGGGGACUGCUCGCUCAUUCACCUGCAGACUUUGGAUCUUGUGGCUCUACCAUACGAAUACAGAACCCGAACUCGAGGCCCUUCUCUUCAACAAAUAAAGGCAUUCAUUUAAAUGUUCCCGUCGGACAUACAGAAUGGUACUACAGAAAGAGCCCGGUAAUUUCAGCCAUGCUUGACUGUCGAAUUUUAGGUGAAGAGAGCAAAGUUAUUGGGAUCUAUCUAACGAAAACAUUAUCUCCUGAUGGGGACGGAUUUAACAGAGUCAUGACUGAUGAGAUAGGGAGGUUUGAUAUAGAAAAUGUGUGGAAACUCGAGUGGAAUGAUAUUUUCGUGAAACAAAGGGAAAUGUCACUGGAUCUACCGUUACAUGAUCAUCUCUAUCUCAACGUAACAGGGCUCGCAGAGCAUGGGAUUAUGUUGGAAACAUUAGAUCCUGCAGCAAUCCUAACAGGCGAAUUUGUGCGGCUUCCGGUGUCAUAUACGAAAAGCAUGAUUGCUUCUUUUCGCUUCACGGACCAGAACGGAAAUGGCUUUGAUAUAGGGUUUCAUAUUGCCAAAAAGGCUCAGUUAGUAGACACUCAGAUCAAUUGGUUGGCAGAGGAGCAACCGGGAAACGUUGAGAUGCCUAUGAAUUCCUGGAAUAACCAGGGUUAUGAUAGAGUGUUAUGGCAACAUCCACUGAAAAGAUGGUGGAUAUGCGUGUCAAUCAGAAGAACCAUAGUGUUGCGAAAGAGGUCAAAGACCAUCAACAUUAGCUGGCAUACUCCUAGAGUGGAAAUGGCCGGGAGUCCACAGCAAGAAGGCAAGUAG